GCUCUGAUUGGGCGCCGGGCCCGGGGGCGUGGCCUCGGCCGGCUGUGGGGCGGGCGGCGCCGGCGGCUCCAGCGCAGCUCGGGCACCGCGGGAGCUCCAGGGAAACGAUGAAUCUGGUUCUGGAGCUGCUCCUGUUCCUGGUCACGCUCCUCUUCUCCUACCUGGAGGCUUUCGUGAAGCUGUUCGUGCCCGUGAGGAGAAAGUCUCUCAGCGGGGAGCUGGUGCUCAUCACGGGCGCUGGCCAUGGCGUCGGGAGAGCGACCGCCUUGGAGUUCGCCAAGCGCCAGAGCAGGCUGGUGCUGUGGGACAUCAAUAAGCACGGCGUUGAGGAGACGGCAGCAGAAUGCCAGAAGCUGGGAGCCACUGUUCAGAGCUUCGUGGUGGACUGCAGCAAACGGGAGGAGAUCUACAGUGCUGCAGACAAGGUGAAGAAGGAUAUUGGGGAUGUGACUAUCCUGGUGAACAAUGCUGGUGUGAUUACAGCUGCCGACUUCCUCUCGACUCAGGAGCACCAGAUAGAAAGGAUGUUUGAAGUCAACAUUCUGGGUCACAUGUGGACCACAAGAGCUUUCCUGCCAAUCAUGAUGAACAACAACUAUGGGCACAUUGUCACAGUGGCUUCAGCAGCAGGUCAUUUGGUGACUCCUUUCAUGGUGGUAUAUUGCUCAAGCAAGUUUGCUGCAGUUGGAUUUCAUAAAGCUCUGACAGAGGAGCUGUCUGCCCUGGGAAAGGAUGGAAUAAAAACAACAUGCCUUUGUCCAGUUUUUAUAAACACUGGAUUUGUCAAAAACCCCACUACAAGGCUUGGAAAGAUUUUGGAGAUUGAAGAAGUCGUGCAGGCUUUGAUGGAAGGAAUAGUGACCAACCAGAAAAUGGUUUUUGUUCCACCACAGCUAAACAUUGCUUUGUUUACUGAAAUGGUGUUUCCAGAACGUGCCCUGAACCUUCUGAAGAAGAUGACCAUUCCAAAGUUUGAUGCAGUCAUUGGGCACAGAAGCACCCAGUGAAAAGCAAGAACUGAUUCUCAUUUCCCAGAGGCACCAGUGAAAAGAGAACAUGUGCUGAGUGUAUUUCAGCUGCCUUGAUUCAGAACAGAGCUCAGGCAGCUGCUUCCAGGCCACCAUUCCCAGGCACACCUAAGGGCUUCUCCCACACCUGCAGCUGGAAUACACCUGCAUGAGGUGUAAUAAUAGCAGGCUGCAUAAUAGCAAAGCAGUGAUGCAGCUCUGGAAGGGCUGCUUUGAAUGUACAUCCCAUCACCUUUGUCUCAUUGUGCUGGGGCAGGCAGGAUGCCCACAAAGCCCCUGUUUGGGACUCCUUAGCCGAGUGCAAAGGGAUUGCCUGAGAACGUGUUAACCUGGACUCAUCCCUGAGCAAAAGCAUCUUGCAAAAAGCAAUUUAUAGAGGAGGUGGGUGGCCUGUUUCAUCUCACUUAAUAAUUUUAAGUUUAAAAAAAAAUGUGCUCUAAUGAACACUUACAGUUCUGUGUGCAUUCAUAAUGAGCAUUAUUGAAUUAAUUAUUUGUAUUAUUGAGAUAAUACAGCCUUAUUUGUAAUGUAAUGCCUGAUUACAACAUUUAUCAAUUAUGCAUUAGCACCAUCAACACUCCAUAUUACAAAUAAAUAAUUUUUUCUAACCCAAA